CUUCUAUAUUAAAUCUCAUUCUGAUACCCACUCUUCUGCAAAAGAAAAUAACAACAAAAUCUGAUAAGAGCUAGAGAUAGAUAGAUAGUUCAGUACCUGCAACAGACUGUGUGCGGGAAAAUCUCAUAUCAGUCUGUUUUUGAAGUUUAGGUAGAAUUGAAGUUUCUUUUUGGAGCUAGCUAUGGAAGUUGCCAUGGAAAUUGAAGACGAUUUGUUUUUCGCCGACUUGAGUAAAGAAAUUGCGCUGUUAAUCAUGGAUGACGACGAUGAUCAACCCGUUGUUCGUUGUCCUAAAUCUGUUUCCAUUCAACAGGUUUUUUCGCUUCGUCCGGCUGUACCGUCGCCGUUGUUAUACGAACAAACCCGAGAAGUUAAAGGAACGGGAGUGUUCAUUCCCCGUUCAUUGCCAAGAAGGAAGAAUAGAUCUCAAGGAAGAUCAUACAACAACAACCCAAAGUCACACAAACAACAAGAUAGAUUACGAGGGGUUUCUAAUAAUAUUACUAAUUACAGUGAUAAUAUUAAUAUUCAUAACGAUCCAUCUUGUUACACCUCUAAGAGGUAUUAGAUUUGGAUCCAAGUACUACUAAUUAAUUGGGGUAAUUAUUAUUAUUACUAUUAUUUAUUUUAUUUAAUAAUUAAGAUCCUCUUUAACUUGGAGUAUUAUUAUUUCUAGAGUUUAUUGAUUAAUAAGUUGUGGAGAUUAUGUACAUGCAUGAAAGAAGAUUAUUUACUACUACUAUUAUUAAUUAAUUAAUUUGUAAUAAUAGAGGUUAAUGGGGAAUGAUGUAGUCACCCAAGGUUUGUACGCUUUCUCUUAUAGAUCAAAAAGUACAUUAUCGAACUUUGAUAACGAUGAAUGUUUUUAAGAUAUGUCAAUUUCA